AUGAGCUUGUCAUUUGGUGGUGAACUUGAGCCGUUCGCCUUGACUCCUUCAUCUACUGAUGUUAUCAUUGCGUCGUUAAGAACCAGCACUCACUCAGAGGUGUUGGAAAAGAGGAGAACUCCGAUAGUCUCUCGUACUUGGGUUAUGCAGGGAGAGUAGCGAACUUAACCAAAUACGGGUUUUUUUUUUGCGACGGACUAUAGCCGGAAGUAGGUUUUUGCAUUCUUGGCCACUGGUUUUGCCCAAAUUUUCGGACAUAUCGUCCCUAUAGGAGCAAACACACUUGGCAAUACAAUUUUGGUGAGCCUAAGGUAUAUUAAAAAGGGAAAAUGGCGUCACUUCCGGUUGCCGUCCGAAGCUCAAAACACCUUUGCUUAAACUCCCUAAUAACUAUUACGGGUUUACAAUAGUGUCUUUUGUGUCAUUCAAGCCAGGACAGGCUAAAUGAGCCGGCAUAACGCUGCGAAUUUGUAAAUGUUCUUCUCAAUUAUCUCAUGUUUAGGGGCAUACCUUGCAAGACGACAUAGGCACGAAGAUGAAAGAGAAGAUUAAAAGAUGACCACUGAAUGGAAUUCCCAAGUGCCUCAAAGCUGAUACGCUAUCACACGACCAAGUGAAGUUGGUAAACUCACCUUGUUAGUUAGUAACUGUCUUUAAAGCGCAGUUCUUAUUGCGCUUGGGUUACCUGUGCAAACACCGGGUAAUCUUGACAGGGUGGCAAAUCACUAGCAUAAAAUAAUGGGUGAAAAACGCCCAAAAAGUAACUUUUGGACGUAGGGACGAAACGUGCCCAGAAUGCACUUUUGGACAACAAAAGUGCAGUCAAACUAAUAUGCGACAACCGCACAAAAGCUUGAAAUGUGUAGAAGGCCCAAAAAUAGCCUUUCGGCGCACUAAAAAACACAAAAUUCACGGAAUUCCAUGUGGGCAAUGGGGCAAAUACCUUCACGUUGUUAGAAAGAGAAAUUACUUCAAUAUCAAUGGCGUCAAAAUCUCAAAGUUUGAUUUUUGAAGAGUCAAACUAAACAAAUUAUACCAAAAGACGCUCUAACAGAUAUGAGCGUCAAACGCUCAUAAUUCGUUGUUGGGCGUCGAUAAAUGCCAGUGAACCCUGCUGCAUAGGCCUUUGACUGCCCUGUACUCAAGGCAAAAAAUUCCAGUGGCUUACAGUAAAACUGUAAAGGGCAGUAGUCACGUAGAACUCCCUUGCAGUUCACAAGGCCACUCGGACUGUGAAAGGCCGCUAAAAUUUCCAUGUGGAGUACCGAUGCCUGUAAGAGAACAAAAGCAAAUCCACGUGGGGUUGACAAAUGCCCAAACGUUGCUUUGGAGCUUGAAAGGCUCGAAAUAUGCCUUUUAUUCGUUAUCGGAUGAGUUAAAUUUAUCAUGAAAAACGCCCAGCAAAUUACAUGAAAGACCAAUGUCAGUCAGUCCUUGAAAAGGGGGGAGAAACGCCAGACUCUGUAAAGCGAAAAAGGCCUGAGUCGCAAUCAAAUUUGCUUUCAGGCGAUGCCCUGUUAUUUCUAGAGAGGGUAACCCCAGAUAAAACUAUUCAGGGGCAAACGCCACACAAACUCUAUAGUGGCGACAAACGCCUUAAAUCGAUCUAAAUUCAAUUUCGAGCCACAAACUUUGGUUACAUUGUAAAAGCUGACCAACACAGUACAAUUCAUUUUUGGGUUAAAAUGAGCGGAGGAACGCUCAAUUGUCACUGUCUAAGGACAACUGGCUCUCGAAAUGUAACAGGUCAUGAUGCAACUUCGAUCGUUAAAAGCCGGCAAGCAAACUUUAACGGUAGAAAGUGCUUAGAAUUCACUAUCGACUAAGUGACAAAAGCCACUUAAAUUUUAAGGCUUGCAAAAGGCCUGUAUCUUUUGGUAAUCGUUGUGAUCAAAUAAAUGAGUAAAUGAAUAAAUAAAUAAACUUCUUUAUUGGAUACCAUCUACAAGGUGGUUCUUCCAGUCAGUUUACAACGUAUAUUUCAACAUUCGAGUGAAAACUUACCCAAACAGCAGGGCUAAUCUAGCCGGGUGGAGCAAAUCAGAUAGAUUGUAACACACUGAAGGUCUAAAUAAAUGGAGGCCUUCAUGUACUAUUCUUUUUAGAAAUGAAAUUUAGAAACGUUGACUUUUGGGGAAGGGGGAGAAUCUGGAGCACCCUCAAGGGUGAGAAACAGCAACAAGUUCAAACCACAUACGGCGCCGAGGCCCAGCCUUCAACCUGGGUAAAAUUAGUGGUGCUCUUAUCACUGCCCUUUCUUUGCUUCUUGCUGUGUGGUAUAAAGAGGUACUGAAUUCACCUUCUUUCCUCUAAUAGCUUGUAGAGCUAAUUAGAACUAUCUUUCUGGAACUCUACAAUGACAUUAACUGACAAGAAUACUCAUCAUUAUGUACCAGAUACAUCUCAUAAACUCACAUGGACCAAAUAUUCAGCAUACAAUAAACUCUGAUGUCUAUUAAUAUUUCAUUUUAAUGAUCAGAUGUCAUCAAUUUCAACUUCUUGUUUACUUAGGAAAAAACGUUUUUACAAUCAACUGCCCCUCUGAAACUACGCGGGGCAGGUUUAAAGAGGUAAAGGGAAGAAAAGAUUUCAAAUUAGAAUAAUUAUGAGUACCUUUUAGUGUUACAAUUAUUACGACUAUUGUGACGAAAAUAGAAUUGAUAAAGAGUUAGAUGGUAUGUCUAUUUAAAGAUCUUGGAAUUACUUACUUGUUAAUUCGUGCAACUAUUUUAAUUACCAUAAUUUAAUCAGAAAAGUACUUUUUAUCAAAAACAAAAGUCCUCAAUUGCAGAAAUAUACAAAUUAUCUAACGUGCACGUGCACUAUCGUGUGUUCUUUAAAUGCAUUUUUAAAAGUUUUGUCGUUGCUUUCUCAACCAGGUCAACGACAUAUGACUGGGACAACAAAAUUGCAUUUUAAACGAUAAAGAAAAUUCUCUUCUUCUAAUUUAUAACCAUUAUGGUAAUGUCACCGUCUCUUCUUUUGAGAAAAAUAGACUCGAAAGAAAGACAGCCAGCAGGGGAUUUUUCUCCUUGACCAUCCUGAAAAAGGACGUAAAGUAACAAAAAGGGGGUCUAAACGGGAUUCACGGGUUAAGCAGAAGUUACCUAAAGAGAACUAAUCAGAACACAAGUUUAGUCAUGUUCAUUUCCGUUUGAACCUGCAGAUUUAUCAAAGGCGUGGUAACAUAAUACACACAAACAAAUUGAGUGAGUUAGUCUAGUUUUGUUUCAGUAACUCAUUAAAUGUACAGUAAGUCUAUCAUGAAUGAUUACGAUAUUAAAAUUCUCACAACCACUUCAUUGAGUACUUACAUGAAAAAAUCAAAGAAGCAAAAGACAGCAAUAAAAAAGUAAUACACUGUAUAUUUAUCAAAGAUUUCCAUUAAGUUGACAAAUUAAUGUGGGGGCUUAAAGGGGGUAAAUGGACGGACUUAAAAGUCCUGAUGAUAAUGACCCCAAAGAAUGACAAAAAAAAAAACAUUAAAAUGAUGAUAAGUAAUAAAAUGACAAGAAAAGCACUUUAAGGACACAGCGAAUAAAACAAGUAACAGCAAUUAAUUAAAAGCGAUUUACAGAUCUACAAUAGCGGACCGUUCCACACCAAGUUAGAUAUAAAGUUUUCAGAAUGAUACUUGUAAAGCUGAGUUUUUUUUAAGGACUGAUGAAGUACAAGUAUGGCGUAAAUCAAAGACGACCAUUAUUACGGUUGAAGAAAAAGUCCCUAAAUAACUAGUUAAGUAAGCAUCGAGGGCGAGGAUACAAGUUACUAGCAGCACUCUUAAUUAUAUUUGUUUGAAUAAGUGUUGUUGCACCUCAAAAUAAAACAACAAUGCUUUGGUUACUUACAGCUAAAAUAUAGGGUGUUGCUAUGGUAACGUGCAAUGUCAAAGGUGUGACCAUUAGUUGCUCCCAACAUAGUUAGUAACUAUGCUCCCGAUAAACACUUUGAAAGCCGUGUUUUAGAAAUAUUUUUACACAAGAACAACGACAAGUAACUUCAUCUCAACCACAAGUAACCCCAAACUGUAAAUUAAAUGUUGUUCCCAGUGUACUGCAACGGCUUUGAGCCGGUAAAAAUUUAGGAUGCAACUCGUAACAUUACAUCUCGUGCGAACCAUCCGAAGUAGAGGAACUAGUUACAAGAGGAUGCACAUGCCCUUUUGACAUGCACGUGCACACACAUGUGCAAGGCAAUCUUUUAUUCCCUUUUAUGCAAGUUUGUAAAUAUUUAACAGCAACAGCAACAACAACAUCGGCAAAUGUCCAAAAUGCCGAAAAUGACAUUGGUCCCACAUUCUGGACAAUAACAUUUUCUCUUACAUCUCUUGGGCACAAAAAUACUUAUUGAGGUAUUUAUAAGGUAUCUUCAAUUCGACAAAGUCUUGAAUUCAUUAAAUAAAUUACAUAACAUUCCUCGGGAUAUAUCCAAUGGGCAGGGGUCCUGUAUGUUACUACGUAGAUUUUGUUUCGUAUAAACCUGACGAAUCAUUUGAUCUCGUUAAUUCGCGCAGCCUCUUAGGUGACUGACGCUAUUACCGUUGUGGAAGAGAACUUUUCCCUAUUUACUGCUGUCCAUAUACCGGUCAUACUGCUCCACCAAAGUGGGUAACUGGGGAAGUAGGAGUUUUGUAGCUAAGAGAAAUUUUACACUUUUCUUGAGUCCUCGGCCAGGCUUUCUUUGUUUCCCCGUUAAUUGACGCAUGCGUCUUAUUCAGUUCUGGGUCGCUUUUUAAGCGCGGGCACAGCUGCCAGGAGAACGUAUUACCACACGUGGAUCUCACUUACGCCACAGUACAUUCCCAUCUCGCUGAUAGAGAAAAGUUGGUCUCACCGCUCCUCCUGUCACGGUUGUCUCCUCCGGUCAUUUCUCUUUUCCUGAAAUCCACUGUCGAUCGACGAACUUUGCCCUUUCUCUUCAAGGUUCAUUCAGAGGUUUUAAUUUACAAUGAAGGAUGCCCAAAUGAGGAUGACGAAACAAAAUAUGGUAAGUACAAGUUCAUGUGCCCCCAACGUUCUGUCAUUGCCACAUUUGUCCUAUCCUCAGUUGCUAGACUUUGCUAAAAAGUUUAAUAAGUCUCGAUGUCAUUUACCAGAAAUAUUUGUCCACAGCUAAGUUUUAAAGAUGUUUAUUUCAUUGCGUUUUUGUCGUCGAUGAUUUCUGUUUCGCCUCCCGGAAGGUGGUUACUUCAAUUGGUUCAUCUUUACCAUCUUUCUUGUUCACGAGUUUUAGAGAUUUUUCAGUAAUGAAGGUUAUCUUGCGGAAGUCCAAAAUGUCCUUCUCGUGUACACACACUAAGAGAAGUUGUCCACCGGCAAAGAUUAAACAAAAAUAAGAGUUCAGUAAACGUCACUAACUUUUUAAUGACAAUUUUAUCGAUUUUGCCACGAGACUUGUGGUCAGUGUUUAUUGCAAACCACGCGAAAUGUAUCAAAUUUUAAACAAGGAAGUUGUAUAGCAAUGAAACAAAACGAAAUCUAGAAACAUUACAUCGUUUCAUAUGUAAUAAACAACAGCUUUCUUGUUAAUAACAGGAAAUAUAUACUUGCUUACGUCUAACUUUUGUCUGUUUUAAUGUUGUUGUUUUUCCUUACUGAGUGAGAGGGAGGGUGGGGGGAAGUUGGUUUUUCUGCACGUUUUAUGACCUUCAAAAUUAAAUUAGUUUCUUUGUAAGGUAAUCUUUGUCGACUUAUAAGAGUUUUAUUGGCCUGGCAAGAUGAGCUGAUAACCGUAAUUCGUUUGCCGCCAUUAAGCGUAUUAUGCGAUCAUAGUUUUAGUUACGCUUCCUUUGUUCAUGCUGUUUCAAAAAAAUGACAGCGUGUUUCGUGACCAGAUGUUUGUUUGAUUUUGGGGUUUUUCUUGAUUGGGGCUUAACAGAUCAAAGGAUUUUUAAUGAAUCUUUUUAAUAAUUCAAAGUAAAAAGCUUUUCCUCCGAAUGGUUUAUUUUAGUCAAAACAAUAAAGAGUUGUUUUUGAUAACAUUGAACAGAAAGUUAAUCAAAUCUCCUGCAAGUAAGAAAACAAGAACUGUUUCCUUAAAUCUUCGCGUGAUGUAUUUCUAACUUUUGAAUCUGAGGGAGAAAUCCUAUGGUGCUAUUAUUUAAAUGAAUCAAAACCUCUUCAGCAGUAUCUGUGAGUGGUGUUAUUCGUUUUGAAUAUUUUGCAAAGAGAAAUUUAGAAUUUUGCCUAAUAUUAUAAAGAUUAAGUCGCCCAGAUACUCGAGAUAUCAAUCACCUAAUUUCAUCGAUACGUUUUUGUUUGGCACUAAAUAACAGCUUAAUCGAAUGAAAAAGAUUCCUUAGAGCAAAAUACACUAAGUCCUUCAAAUGAGAGAGCAUGUUUUCUGUGCGAUACAAAGUUGAGAUUUAUCAAAUCAGGUUGGUUCCGUGAGGAACAUUCCAGACAUAAGAAUCACCAACAGUGCAUCAACCAGGACAUUGUCUUUCAAACGUCAGAGUGAAUUACAGAAAAUGGACUCCAUUUCAAGAGCAGCUGUCUUUUAAAGAUGCUUUCAGGUGUGACGUAAAUUUUACCGUCCAAACUUGACCAUCUAAAACAUAGGGGCACCCAAUGACUUUUUUCUGUAAAAUAUCUGUUCGGAGAAGCAAAAUUGCCUAAAAAUUUUCUAUAGCUUGAGGAAGGCUAAAAAUGUCUAGAUGAACACUCCAUUCAUGUGCAAUUUUCGAAGCUUAUCUUAUAAAUUCCCUACGAUUUUCUGAAGUAUAAUUUUGCGCAUUUCACUCCCCAGGUUAAGCUAUUUUCGUAGAAAAAGAAAAGUAAGCUAAAAUGUUAGGAUUCGAAAAUGUGAUGGAGAGAGGAAUCAGAGAAAUUCUUACUUUUGUAAAACUUUGAAUUGCAUCAAAAAUUUCGGGAAAAUAAUACUGAAGCCCGUGUAAUUUCGAAAAGACUUAAGUUGCCCUAGGAUGACCGAACACAUUUGAAAUUCUGUAGCGCAGCUUAGAAUACAUUUCUAGAGAUCCAAAAGUACUCUGGAUAGCCUAGAAAGAGUUUUCAAUGUAUGUAGGAGGAAACCGUCGUUGGGUGCCCCUGAAAACAUACUUCUCCUCGUAAGUGAGGUCGGUGGCGUAAACUUUCUUUUAUGUUCAGUAACUAUAAUAGGUACAUGAAUUUUAAAAAUAGAAUACAAUAGACUUGUGCAUAAGUGAGCAUUUUAUUCUCAGCAGCGUUCAGUGAAUGUAAGGAACGGCACAAGAAGAAUCAGCUGUUACUUCUUGUAGCCGGAUCUACAUGUUCGUAACAAACGUCAAACUAUUUCAAAUGUGGGGCUGAAAGAAUUGAAACACUCUUUUCUAGAUCAACCAUCACGUGAAUUGAUUGACGAAGCAAACGGCUCUGAUUGGUCAAUUUAGAGUCUCUUUUUCGCCUUAAGUUGAAGGUUGACAAAAACAAGCGUGCUUUCACGUAAUAUGUAUACUUGCCAGUUUAUACAAGAACGCUAUCUUUGGCUUUGUGGCGGCGUUUUUUCAAGCGUUCGGAUGCAAAGAUAGCUAGAAAUAUACAAAAUCAGCUAAGAUAAACACAAACGUUUUUAAAAUCUAUACAGAGACGAUAAGAAUGAUAUGUAAGCUAUUAAAAGUUGUAAAACCCUUACAUUGCGCCCACUCAAAUACCUUCCAGUCCAUCAGGUGUAGGCUAAAAUUCAAAAUUCCGGAUCUUCUUUUUUGAGAAUUUAAGAGAUUUUAAAAAAAGAACUUUACAAAGUCUUGGGUAUUUUUUGCGAUGACGAGUAAUUUGUUAGGUCUUAAGCUUCAGGUGACGAUAAAAAAAAUUCAGUUUAACUCAGGAAAAAGGUUAUCUUUUUGCGAUUUUCCCAGUGGCCAGACUGGAGGGCUGACUCUUCUCUUGUGUUCUUUCCGAUGAAACGACACAAAGAGUUUUUUGGUGAUUUUUCCGGAAAUUUGUGUAUACGCCUACAGUGCAUGGAACCCUGCCUGAUCGUCUUCCAGGGACCAUCGAUGACCAGUGAAUACUUGGUCUUGUUAAUGCGUUGGUCAUAAUAACUAAAUCAGCAUUAGCAUACUAAGCGUUUCUAGGACAUGUCUUCACAGUUUAUCAUUUAAUUCUAUAUAGAAUGAUCGAUGAUUCCAUAUUUUCCACGCCUUUCGAUAAAAAAGUUCAUACGGGUUGUCAGAUCGAAUGCCUCCGACUUGCCAUCCGGCAAAAUGUAAGGAAGAUAACAACUGGGCAUUCUCAAAGGUCGUCUUAGUCUUAUAACAGGAUGGUAGAAUAAAGAAAUAAAUGGACCUUGAUUUGGUCUAGAAAAAAAGCGUCUGUAAUUGCAGAAUGGUCGUACGGCGGGCAUCCACUGUACUUGCAAAGUGUACGCUAAUGUCGUACCUAGAUCACUUUACGGUUUCGACGACAAGAAAUCUAGGUACAAGAUUAAGUGUACGCAAAUGAAGCUAUUAAGAUUAUCUAACAAACGGAAACUGUUACAUAGUACACUUUUCGUUUGUGGAAUCGCCUUUGAGGUUCUCUAGUAUUCCCUCUGUAUUUCAUUAGUAAGCCCUUAGUUUUACCUCCACCAGAGGCCUCCUUUCAGCGGUUUUUCAUGGAAACGAGUUUAAAUGGUUAUUGUGAAUUCUUUCAACUCAUUAACCUCGUUUGCAUACCUUGUGAGUAUUUCACCGCAUGCUCAACCGUGAUAAAAGUUGUGUUAAAAUUAUUUUUACACUCUAUUUCAAACCGCUGUUUGACGCUUUUCCUUAUAAUUUGGCCUCGCACCAGGACUUUUCGUUUUUUGUUUCACGGUCGUUUGGAAGCCUAGGUUGAUUAUGAUCAAUUCUAUUUGGCGUUGAAAAAGGGCAGUCUUGUGUAA